UGCUUCAGUGAGACUCGCGCGAGCUCAGUACUAAGCAGCUUAUUUUCGCAUCGCUGUUUUUAUUGAUUUUACUACAGAAACCGAACUGAAAUCAGGCAGGAAGUGGGCCAUGGAUUUCCUGUGUUUGUUGUGCGUCUUUCUGAGCGUCUUGUGCUGCGCGGCUGAGCGCCACAGCGUGUACUGGAACAGCACCAACCCAAACUUCCUGUGGGACGAGUACACGGUGCAAGUGCGCAUUAACGACUACCUGGACAUUGUCUGCCCUCACUACAAGCGCGGGGAGAUGCCGUCGCAGGAGGCCGAGCGCUACGUGCUCUACAUGGUGGACCUGGAGGACUACGAGGCCUGCAAGCCCCACUCCUUCGACCAGCUGCGCUGGGAGUGCUCCAGGCCCUUCGCCGCCCACGCCCCCGAGAAGUUCUCUGAGAAGUUCCAGCGCUUCACGCCGUUCACUCUGGGCAAGGAAUUCCGCCAGGGAGAGAGCUAUUACUACAUCUCCAAGCCCCUCCACCACCACGGAGAGGAGUGCCUGCGGCUUAAGGUCGACGUGGUCGGACCCCACAGCUCUAAGAACCACAAGAAGGCGGUGGAGAAAGAGGAGGAGACGGAGGCUGGAAAGAGCGGCCGCCUGGGCGCAGGAGGAGGAGGAGUGCACAACCCAUCUAACAGGCUUCCAGCAGACGACCCAGUCGCAAUGAGCCCUGUUGUUCAGAGGAGUGUAGGCAGUUCUGCCGUUUCCAGCUCUCCGCUUCCUCUCUUCCUCACGUUGCUCCCCGUCUUCCUGGCGCUGCUUUUACACAGAGACUGCUGAGGACCGCGGUGACUCCGGUCCCUCUGGAAACAUGAACUGAUCCCCCGCCAGCGCUGGCAGCUGGUCUUCCUACACACGUUUUAUACAGAGUUUUUUUAUAUAUAUAUAUAUAUAUAUGUGAAAGAAGUGAAGCUUCCGAACUGGUGUGUGUGUGUGUGUGUGAGUUGCUGAGUGAAGUGUGUGUGUGUGUGAGUGUUAUUUUAUUUUAUAUUUUUUAUUUUUUUUGGGCGUGAUUGAUUUUGUGACCUUCAGAAAAGGAAGAAGAAGAAGAAAAAGAAGUAGAAGAAGAGAAUGAUGAUAAUGAUGAUUUUUGUUCUUUUUUUAUAUAGAAGAAGAGUAUUACCUACCAACUUUCCCUGUUUUUACUUUUGUUUUUGUAGCCUGUGUGUAUCAAUGUGUGGAGAACUGGGGCCAGAUUCACAAAAGCUUCUCUUAAGAAAAAACUAAAAAUGACUAAAAAUGAACAAUAAGACUUUUAGAAGUAUGCUCUUAAAUGAAAUGUUCUGUUUAGAAAGUCUUAAUUAUUUUUUAAGCUUAAAAAGCUAUUAUUCAGGUAAUUCUGGCAGUGGAUAUCAAAAAGCUGAUUUUUUAAAAGUGUUUUAAGAUCAAUAUCCACUUUAAAUCAGUUUUUUUCCAAAAUAUUUUUUCCAGAUUAUUUUAUCUCUAAUUUUAGAUUAAUUCAACUAUUUAAACUGAUCACCUUUCAAACUCUUAGUUUUAUAGUCCUAGACCAGUGUGAUGCUGUUCUAAGAUUAUGAGACAUUUAUUUAAACAAAUAUAAAAAUAUUCUCUAUUUUUUUUUUUAAGAAAAUGCCCAUUCUUUGUAGAAUUACUUAUAAAAACGAGUUCAGAAAAUGUGUAAAAAAAAUUAAAAUUUUUUUUUGCUCCAUCAUGAAGUUGAGAACCCUUUUUUUUCUUAAGAGACUUUUGUGAAUGUGGCCCCAGCUCCAUAAACAGCAACUGGAAAAGAAAAGGAUCUAAUGUGUAAUAACUGCAAGUUUCAUAAGUGGUUCAUUAGAACAGUGUGAUUAAUAUUCAACUUUUGUUUACCAUUCUCAAAACUUCUGAGCCAAAGAAUACAGUGGUUUCUACUAGAGGUGGGCGAUGUGGUGGAUUUUAAAAAUGGCUUUAAUAUUACGAUAAGAAGAGUCUUGAUAGUAGGGUAGGGCUGCACGAUAUUGGAAAUUAUUUACAUUGCAAAUGUUCUUUUUUCGGCGAUAUAUAUCUCUCAUCAGAACAGCAAAACUACAGUAAUUGACCCUUUAAUCGGGCAUUUAAUUGGCUUUUUAAAAGUUAAAUAAGAGCGUUUUUAUGGGAUUAGAAGCGUGAAUUCAGCUGCUCCCCGUCCCCCUCGUGCUUCUCGGGCAGCAGCUGCCUGUCACUCACACAGACACAGAGACAGCGCUGUGUAUCUACUACUUUUUGUGAUUUAAUUGUCUAAAGAGACAUUUCACAUCCUGCGAUGUGACUAUCAUCGAGAUCGAGAUAACAAUGCUUAAACGAUAUAUCGUGCAGCCCUACUUGAUAGUAUUUGAUGCUAUUUUAAUCCAGUUCUGUAAAAGUAUUUCUAAGUUAAAACAAAUUAAAGAAAAGAAGCAGAAUACUCCGGUCGAAUCCAAAAACACUGUUUUUCUCCUAAAUUCACCUAAAUUUGUGUUUUUCUUUGCUAAAACAUGCUAAAACACACAGUCCAUAUCCUUGCUUUGCUCAGAAAAGCAUUUUUUAUUGCAAUAAUAAUAAAAAUUGCCAUAUUUCCCGCCCCUAGUUAUGAGAAACCGUCUGCUGCACUUUAGGUGAGGAGGCUUGUGCAUCUGUAUAUCAUGUAGAACCUGAACUCUAGACAGUGUUUGGUGUUUUUUAGCAUAAUUGUGCACAUUUAAUUGUAAAUCUGUUGGAUUGUAAAUCUGUUGGAUAUCAAAACACAGAAUUAGAACUAUAGACAGGCUAAACAAAAAAAAGGAAAAGAAAAAGAGAGUUUCACUGUUGUUGUGAUGCAAAACCUCGUAUCUCCAAUUACACUGCUACACUGUUAACUUUGUGGUAAAAUCAGACCACUUAGUUUUUUUAUUGGGGUCCCUUCAUUGAAUGAAUUGGGCACACAGUAUAAACGGCAGCUGGCGAUUUUUCUAAAGGUGUUUAAAUAUAAAAUAAAAUGAAAUAAAACGA